UCUGCAAUGUCACUUCCGCUUCCGCUCCUCCCCACCUGUAAGGCUUCUUAGGCCCUCUCGGUCCGAGGCCUUAUUGACUCCUCUCCUGCAGCCGCUGGCGCGGCUCCGAGCCUUGUGUCCGUCCUGGUCCGGGGUGAGUGGGCUCCAGAGGACGGCGGAGCCCCCGAGAACGGGAAGAGACGGGAAGGAAUGAGGAGGGGCCGCAGUGCCAGCGGAGAAGAUCCUCCCGCCCCGAAGCCGGACCGCAGAGGAGGAGAUGGUGGGUCCUGUGCACCUGGCAGCCCGGGCCCCCCAGGAGUCGGUGACCUUCAGGGACGUGGCCGUGGACUUCACCCCGGAGGAGUGGGGGCACCUGGGCCCCGCCCAGAAGAGGCUGUACCGGGAGGUGACGCUGGAGAACUACCGGAACCUGGCGUGCCUGGGGCUUGCCGUGUCCAAACCAGGCGUGAUCUCCCAGCUGGAGCGAGGGGAAGCACCGUGGAUGGCAGAGGGAGGAGGCCCAAGAUGCAGGUGUGCGGACUGGGAGACUAGGCCUGAAACUCCAAAGCUGGACAUUUCCAUGGCUACGCCAUCCCAAGAAAGACUCCCAAGGUAUGGCACCUGUGUCACCAAGUUGGGAGAAGUCCGUGAAUAUGCUGCCAAGUUUGAUAUAUGGCAAAGUAAUGAGGAGAAAUGUUCUCAGCAAGUAGAAAUCACCCAGAGGAAUUCUUUGACUACAAUGAGAGGCCAUGAAUAUGGCGAAUGUGGCAGAAACUUCAGUCUAGGGACAGGCCCUUCUCCAUACCUAGGGGAGCAAAUAGCAAAGAGCCUCCAUAAAUGUGACCGACACAGACUAACUUCAGACCUAAGCAAAUGCAACAGAAACUGCUCAAAGAAGACAUGUUCCAAAUACGGUGGAUGUGAGAAAUCCUUCAGUUGUAAUUCUGACUUUAAUGACUAUCAUAGAAUUUAUACUGAAGAGAAAGUUUGUGAAUAUAAUGAAUGUGGGAGCACCAUAUGCCACAGUUCAUCCACUAUUUCAUAUCAGAGAAUUCAUCCUGGAAAGAACCUUCAUAAAUAUGAUAAAUGGGGAGAGACCUUUCCCCAGAACAAACAACUUCUUGAAUGUCAGAAAACUCAUACUAGAAAAGAAAUGUAUAAAUGUCAUGAAUGUGGGAAGGCCUUUGGCCAGAGUGCACAUCUUGUUCGACAUGAGAGAAGCCAUUCUGGAGAGAAACCUUAUGGAUGUAAUGAGUGUUGGAAGGCCUUCAGCCGGAAAUCACAUCUUAUUGAACAUCAAAGAACACACACUGGAGAGAAACCUUAUGAAUGUCAUGAAUGUGGGAAGGCCUUCAUCCGAGGCACACAUCUUACUCUACAUCAGAGAACACAUAAUGGGGAGAAACCUUAUGAGUGUCAUGAAUGUGGAAAGGCCUUCCCCCAGAGCAUACAACUUCUUGGACAUCAGAGAAUUCAUACUGGAGAGAAACCUUAUGAAUGUAAUUAUUGUGGGAAAACUUUUAGACAUAGUUCAUCACUUAAUUCCCAUCAUAGGAUCCAUACUGGAGAGAAACCCUAUGAAUGUAAUGAAUGUGGGAAGGCUUUCAAACACAGCUCAUCCCUUACUUACCAUCACAGAAUUCAUACUGGAGAAAAACCAUAUAUAUGUAAUGAAUGUGGUAAGGCCUUUCCCCAGAGCAUACAACUUACUGAACAUCAGAGAAUUCAUACCGGAGAGAAACCUUAUGAAUGUUGUGAAUGUGCAAAGACUUUUAGCCGAAGAACACAGCUGACUCGACAUCAGAGAAUUCAUACUGGAGCUAAACCUUAUGCAUGCAAUCAGUGUGGUAAGGCCUUUUGUCAGAAGGCACAGCUUAGUAAACAUCAACGAAUUCACAGUCAAGAGAAACCUUAUGAGUGUCACGAAUGUGGAAAGGCUUUUAGAUAUACUUCUUCUCUCACAUCUCAUCACAGGAUUCAUACCGGUGAGAAACCUUAUCAAUGUAAUGAAUGUGGGAUGACCUUUGGUUGGAACACACAGCUUAGUAAACACCAACAAAUUCAUACUAGACAAAAAUCUGUGUUCUCUACUUAAUGUUCUGUGCUUCCACGACCAACAGAGGCUAAGGCUCCUUCUUUCUUCUGCUCGCUGAUAUUUUAGAGAUAGAAUAAUAGAAUAGUGAAAGAUCUUAGAAAUCAUCUCUUCCAACCUUUCAUUUUGCAAAUGAAAAAACAGGCUCAGGACACCAGGUGACAACCAAGGUCACAUGGACAGGUAGUGUCAGACCCAGAAGUAACACCUCAGUUUCCUGAUUCACACCAUGGUGGUUUUUGUUUUGUUUUAUUUUGACUGCCUUGCCCUGACUGGAGGUAUUCCGUCCUUUUUCCAGUCAUUUUCAGACCUUGAUGUCCCAUUGUGGUGACCAUCCCAUCUGAUUUGUUCCUUAGCCCUAGAAACCGUUGGCCUUCCAAUUGCCUCAUUGCCAUGACCAUGCACUUUUGGGAGGGAAUACUAAUAAUUAGCACUUAGGUUUGCAUCACAAGCUUUUUCUCUUUAUCCUCACAACCACCCUGGGAGGUAGGUGCUAUCAUAAUCACCAUUUUACAGGUGAGGAAGCUGAAGCAGAUAGGUUAAGUGAUUUGUCCAGGGUCACACAUCUAGUAAGUUUGGAGGCUAGAUUCAAAUGUCUCUUCCAAUUUCCAGUGUUAUCCAAAGCAUAGUUUCUGGUCCCUAAACUCUCUCCCUCCUGUCCUCAAGGAGCACAAAAUCCUUUCAUCUUUUCAUCAGGCUUUCACCAAGUUAGCUAUCCAGCUAUUCACCUGAUACCUCCACAGCUUUUAAGGUUUACAAAGUGUCCUUACACACCUUAUCUCAUUCAAUCUCCAUGACAACCCUGUGAAAAUAGAUGCUGAAGUGAUCACACAGCUGUGAAGCGUUGCAUGGAGGUGUCAGCCUUGGCAUCACCUUACUUCAGUCCUGGGGUGUUUCCACUUCAUAAGAUGCCUCUGGGUAGUGAGUUCAUCCCAAUUCUAGAUUUGGUCAUCUUAGAAUCUUCUCAACAGUGUCACCUGACAGGUGCCUUCUUAGAUGGUUUGCAAAGCACUUGACCAGGUUUACAACCCUAGGAGGUUGGUCUUUUGUCCACGAUUGAGAGAGGCAAAAGGUAACUUUUCCAUCCCUCUGAUCAGUGAAGCCACAUUGGAGCUCAGAUCUUCUGGACUCCUAGUGGCUGUGUUCUAUGCAUACUAGAACAAUGGCAAGGGUUAUACCAUAGAUGAUCAGAUUUUAAUUUUAAAUGGUUAAAACCUUGAGACAUAAUCUUAUGAGUUGAUCUGAAGAAUGUCUUAGAAUGAUCCUAGGAUAUGUUCUUGGACAAGACAUACCAAACUGGAAGAGGCUGAGGUAACCAAGUAAUCUACCCCCUCCCUCCCAAGCCCUAGUAGUUUUCUCCCUAGUAGUUUAACACCCUUCUCUGGAUAGUAGCCAGCUUUGACUUUAUUAAUCUAACCACUACACAGUUCCUAGAUGACUGUCACUUUUGUUUUUGAGUACUGUGAAUGGAAGAUGCCUCUGACAUGAAACCUGUGUGAUACCUGUUUGGAGAAUAAAGUUCACAUAUUUUGUUGCAGGACAUCUUGAAGAAUUGCUUGUUGAUUGCUCACAAAUAGUUGGAAAUGGCUAGUAUAUAUUUUGUGUGGAAACUUUCUAUUAUCACUGCAACCUUAAGUAAAGUUACUUUCACCUGAAUUUGUGUAUGUGGCCUAAUUAAGCAUCUCGAGAACUUCUGGGUCCAGCCAAAAGAUUAAUGCAUAUAGGUGUCUUUAGUGAGAUUCAUAGAAAGGCAGAAGUUGUUUGUGUGGGAUUGAAAAGUUGGUUCUCUUCACUAAUAUAAAGACCCAGGUUUCAAACUUCAGAGUUUUUUCCACCUUCCUGGUUUGUCUUGUAUAAUAUUUCAAUUUGUGUUUGAAUAGAGACAAUGUAGUCUGUAGUAUGAAGGCAUGAAAAUGACUUCAGAGAGUGAUCCAAAUAUUGUCAAAGGGUCUUUCUUCCUCCAUAUUUGCCUAGUGACUAAAAUUCCAGAUUUAGAAUCACUGUUUGAGACUCACAAGUAUCUCAAUAUAUAAAUAUAUAUACAUAUAUAUCCAUCAUAAUAGUUAAAUGACACUUGGUUUGAUGGAUUCAAUGCAAGGGUUUGUACUGAGAGAAGGGAACUGACUUGGUAAUAUGAGGCACCACCAUGUGAAAGUCAGUGUGGGCAAUGUGUAGUCAGAAGUCAGGUAAGACCCCAUGGCUUAAUCCAGAAAAUCAAUGAAGGCUGGGUGUGCUCUUUUAUCCUGAGAAGUCACAGGAUUGGUGAGAGGAGCAAUGGGGCAGUACACUGACCAGACCUUUCCAGAGGCAGUAGAAGUGGUCAUUUGAUUUCAGUUUUCAGAGUAAGCUGUGUCAGAUGGAAGGGGAGGGAAAGUUUCCAAGGCAGCAGGACAGAACAGUGCCAAUGUGUAUGUGGCAAAUGCUAUUAGUACAAACCCUCUUAUCCUAGACACUGAAGUGAUAGAUGGGAAGUUGUAACCUCACACCUAUUUCAGGGGAACAUGCCUUGUAAUAGCUAUUCCUGUUUUGACUUUGAAAUUAGUUAUUUUUUGUACGUUUUACCUUUUGUAAAAAUUUUAUAAAAAUUAGGUUCAAUGGACUGGGGCCCUAAUCACUGGUGGCUAAAUUUUGGGAAAGCACAAUAGAAUGGGGGAGAAGUUUAACUUGAAGGCAAUGGAGAGAGAAAGCAAGAACCCCUCAGCAACAUGCCUGGCAGCUUGAGAGGAGGAUGUAGCCUUUUUCAGGAACCUGGCACAUAGUAAGCAUGGGAGGGAGACAAAGCCUGUAACAGGGACUACAUCUGUUUUUCUUUAUCUGCCUCUUUUCUCUCCAAUUGGAAUUUAAGGUCCUUGAGAGCAGGGACUGAUUUUAUCUUCCUUCACCUCUUCAUUUCUUCUUAUUGUGCCCAACAUAUAAUAUGUACUUAAUUAAAUCUUGUUGACUAUGGGCUGAAUUCUGACAAACUCACAAGUCUUCCUUCUGGGGGUUUAUUGACUUCAGGCACCAGACAGUGAUUGGGAUUUCUCUUCUUUAG